AUGUCUUCGAUGCAGGGUAGCUUUACGGCUCGAUAUAGCCUGAAUCAGCUGGGCGUAUUAGAGUCACUGAUAUACGAGAAUUUCGUAUAUCUCUCUAUGUUAGGACCUGUAGAAUGCCCGACACCUAUAGUUCCUGAGGCUUCGACGUAUUCCAUAGCCAGUUCAAAAUCUCAGUACCACCUACCUCAUACAUCAGGUUCAACAGCCACUCUCGAGCUAAUGGACAAUACUGUGGUACUUGAUGUCAGUCCUGAGUCAAAACGAGUCAUACUAAGCACCAAGUUGUGGUUUUUCUCCGAAAGUCCUUUGACGUUAAGGUCGACUAGCAAUACUGGCAACUGGAGUGGCCUUCCCUCUUUUUCUCAAUUUGGUCACUUCUUCCAUGAAGGCAGUGCGCUGCCUCAUGACCCAAGGGAUCCGGUUGAACGACGUUUUUCGCGACAUCAACUUUGCCUUGACGUGAGGCCGAUCACGGCGAUGGGCGUUGGCUUCGAUACAACCGCCUUUCUAGCUUCUCAAUUGGCUAAUGCUGGUCUCGAAUCUCUAGACGCAGAGACUUUCCGCCAGUUUGAAGUCUGCCUGCUUUGUGUUGCCCCGUAUAAUCAGCGCCGAGUCAAGUAUCAAUCAUGGCGCAUGGAUCCGCAGGUCAGAUCUUUACUACCCUAA